AGCACGAGGGCGAGGGAGAGAGACAGAGAGACGGAGAGAGAGAAAGAAAGAAAGCAAGAGCAUAGUCUAAGGAGGGUGUGGUUGAGUCAGUCUUUGUAGACGGGUUGCUCAGAGCGGCCUCGACACGCUCUCUGCGUCCCUUCUUCUUUGCUGCUGCUGCUGCUCGUACUCUUCCGCGCCUCCGGGAGCUUUCGGUUUUUCCCUUUUGUUGGAGCUUUUUGCUGAGCUAGAUCUUGACGCUGUGUUUCCCGUUGUUCGCUUGCCGUGGUUGCUUGUCUGUGUGAGGUGAGCGGGCAGAGAUGAGAGAGAUCAUCAGUAUCCAUAUAGGUCAGGCCGGCAUUCAGGUCGGAAAUGCCUGCUGGGAGCUCUACUGCCUGGAGCACGGCAUUCAGCCCGAUGGUCGCAUGCCAAGCGACACUACAGUGGGAGGUGGUGAUGAUGCUUUCAACACCUUCUUCAGCGAGACGGGGGCUGGGAAGCAUGUUCCUCGCGCCGUGUUCGUGGAUCUGGAACCUACGGUGAUUGACGAGGUUCGCACUGGAACUUACCGUCAGUUGUUUCACCCUGAGCAGCUUAUUUCUGGGAAGGAGGAUGCCGCCAACAACUUCGCUCGCGGCCAUUAUACCGUGGGAAAGGAGAUUGUGGACCUGUGCCUAGACAGAGUGAGGAAGCUCGCAGAUAACUGCACAGGGCUGCAGGGAUUCUUGGUAUUCAACGCAGUAGGAGGAGGAACCGGAUCUGGCCUUGGCUCACUGUUGUUGGAGAGGUUGUCAGUCGAUUACGGGAAGAAGUCUAAGCUGGGAUUCACUAUCUACCCGUCUCCCCAGGUGUCUACGGCAGUCGUGGAGCCUUACAACAGUGUGCUUUCGACCCACAGUCUGUUGGAACACACGGACGUGGCGGUGCUGUUGGACAAUGAAGCAAUUUACGACAUUUGCCGAAGGUCGUUGGACAUUGAGCGCCCCACGUACACGAACUUGAACAGGCUCAUUUCUCAGAUCAUAUCCAGUCUAACUACGAGCUUGCGGUUCGACGGUGCCCUGAAUGUGGAUAUUACGGAGUUCCAGACCAACUUGGUGCCAUACCCGCGUAUCCACUUCAUGCUUUCGAGCUACGCACCAGUCAUUUCUGCAGAGAAGGCUUAUCACGAGCAGUUGUCGGUCCCCGAGAUCACGAAUGCCGUUUUCGAGCCCUCCAGCAUGAUGGCUAAGUGCGAUCCUCGGCAUGGAAAGUACAUGGCGUGUUGCCUGAUGUACAGAGGUGACGUGGUACCCAAGGACGUGAACGCCGCUGUUGCCACUAUCAAGACCAAGCGCACAGUGCAAUUUGUGGACUGGUGUCCAACUGGUUUCAAGUGCGGGAUUAACUACCAGCCACCAACCGUGGUGCCCGGCGGUGAUCUUGCCAAGGUCCAACGGGCGGUGUGCAUGAUCAGCAACAAUACGGCUGUGGCUGAGGUGUUCUCUCGGAUUGAUCACAAGUUCGAUCUGAUGUACGCGAAGCGUGCUUUCGUGCAUUGGUACGUGGGUGAGGGUAUGGAGGAGGGUGAGUUCUCUGAGGCCCGCGAGGACUUGGCUGCUUUGGAGAAGGACUACGAGGAGGUGGGUGCUGAAUCCACCGACGGAGGACAGGACGACGACGAGUACUAAGUGGCGUGUGAAUGAAGCACUGGUUUGAUGAUUAGCAAGCUUCCCUGACUUGGGGAUCGAUACAGUGAUUCAAUUUCUGAAUGGCUGGGUUGCAUAGUUCUUAUGGCCGCCAGCGCUAAAUGUUGUAUACUUUGUUGAAAUCUUAGAGUUUAAACCUUGCAACUUUCAUUUGU